CCGCUGGGACUCGUGUCUCCGGUGCUCAUUAGUGAGUUAAGUGAGCUUAAAGCUAAUUAUUUAUUUUCAGCGCUGUGAUAUUGUCUUAAUAAGGGAGUGUGUUUGCUCUGAUAGGAAGCUCUAGCUUUGUACAUUUAUUAUAAGAUUACUGUACUUUAGCGCGAGGGGGGAAGCUGGCACUCUCCUCCUUGCUGAAUGCGCUAGACAGCAGUGGGGCUCCAGUUGGCUGUGUGCGCUCAGACGCACAGACGCAAGCAUCCCACUGGCUGGAGUUGGAGGACACUCUCGCCCGUUUCGCUUCCACCGCUGCUCUGAUCCCUUGUCUUUGUCUCCCGGCGGUGAGAAGACCACCCGCACGGGAGGGAAAGAAACAACCACUUCUUCUUUUUGUCUAGAGUCAGAGAAACUGUGCCGAAUCGGGACUGGACACUUUUUUUCUUGAAGGGGGGUGAAAUAUCUCGCAUGAGGCGAGCUGGAUCUGUUUUGUACAGCGGAGCGCGCACUGUUACGUCUUUUCAAUGGAUUUCAAUACAGUGGAAGUACCCUGGGAAUUAAAUUAAGUCGCUUUUAGUUCGCAAAUUUCGUUCCAAAUAAGGGUUUAUGUUUCACAUGGAGAGGAAGACGAUGAUCCUCCCAGUAUUGUAUGCCCUUCUGCCUCUUUUAGAUGUGUUGUCUUACGCCGAGGAGAACCUGCGCGCCGGGGCCACCCGGCUGGACUGUGUGAGGGCCAGCGAGCAGUGCCUGAAGGAGCAGGCGUGCAGCACCAAGUACCGCACCAUGAGGCAGUGCGUGGCCGGCGGCAAGGAGAGCAACUUCAGCAUGGUGGCCGGCCUGGAGGCCAAGGACGAGUGCCGGAGCGCCAUGGACGCGCUCAAACAGAGCCCGCUGUACAACUGCCGGUGUAAAAGGGGCAUGAAGAAGGAGAAGAACUGCCUGCGCAUUUACUGGGGGAUCUAUCAGACAUUACAAGGUAAUGAUUUCUUGGAGGAUUCUCCCUAUGAACCAGUGAACAGCCGUCUCUCUGACAUUUUCCGCCUGGCUCCCAUCAUAGAGGGUGGGGAACCUUGGAGCAGCUCCGCCACCUCGGCUCCAGGCAGGGGGGGCGCCCAGGGCAGGGUAUCCCAGGGCAGAGAGCCCGCUCUGGGCAGAGACAGCCCCUCCGCCACGGACCUUCAAGAUCCCAGUAGAAACAGGAGAGCUCAUCCCAAUUGGGCCAUACUGGGUGAGCCUGCAGUGGCCAGAGAGAAUAACUGUCUGAAUGCUGCCAAGGCCUGCAACCUGAAUGACACGUGCAAGAAGUACCGCUCUGCCUACAUCAGCCCCUGCACCAGCCGCGUCUCCACCGCUGAAGUCUGCAACAAGAGGAAGUGCCACAAGGCCCUGCGGCAGUUCUUUGACAAGGUUCCUCCGAAGCACAGCUAUGGCAUGCUGUACUGCUCAUGCCCGCUUAGCGACCAGACGGCAUGUUCUGAACGCAGGCGUCAGACCAUCGUCCCCGUCUGCUCGUAUGAAGAAAAACAGAAACCCAACUGUCUUGAACUGCAGGCCUCCUGCAAAACCAACUACAUCUGCAGGUCACGACUGGCUGACUUCUUUGUCAACUGCCAGCCGGAGCCUCGCUCGCUGUCAGGCUGUCUGAAGGAGAACUACGCGGACUGCCUCCUCUCAUACUCGGGUCUGAUUGGUACCGUGAUGACUCCCAACUACCUGCGCUCACCCAAAAUCAGUGUGUCUCCCUACUGCAACUGCAGCAACAGUGGCAACAACAAGGACGAGUGUGACAAGUUCACAGAGUUUUUCACCGAGAACACCUGCCUCCGUAAUGCUAUCCAGGCCUUUGGAAAUGGGACAGAUGUUGGAGUGUGGCAGCCGAUGUCCCCUGUCCAGACCACCACCUCCACCACCACCCCCUACCAGAGGAACCGCGAACGCAACCCCAACACCAUCGACAACACCAUCAACACAGACCCUGGCAUUUACCACUUCUGUGGCAGCCUACAGGCACAGAAAUUGAAGUCAAACUCGACUGUUGAUGGCGUCUUCUGUGUGGACCCUCAAAUAGACGGUCCCAGUACGUCCAACGCCAUCUUGAGAAACUCGGCUGUCUCCAGACGGCCCGCAGGCCUGGCCUCUCUGCUGCCCCCGCUGCUCUGGCUGUGCUACUGCAGCCUGCUGGAGCUGUCCUCGCCGGGCGUCUUGUAGCCUCGCCGCUUCACAGCAACAAACAACGGACUGACAAACACACAUUUGUAUAAAAGAAAAAGCAAAACAAGAAAUUAUAUCCUUUCUUCUCAGUAAUACCUGUUGUACUUUUAGUUCCCUCUGGAUUCUAUCUCUAUUUUGAUUCCUACUUUGAUUUUUUUAUGAAUUUUGUUGUUUUAUUAUUUCGGAUUUUUUUUGCAUUGCAGCUGUGUGCUAAAAUGGUGAUCUACUACAAGUGUUAACUCAGUCUGGCUGUGUGUUCCCUUUGGGUUAGUUGGAAAAAAAAGGGAUUUAAAGCUUCUGUGUUGCUCUCUCGGGCAGAAAUAAGAAAAUACUCGAGGACUACAUUCCAAUAAACCACAGCUGGUGGCUCUUGGAAAGGUACACACUGUAAAUUAGCAUCGAUUUUCACAGUCGUCAACUCAGUUUUCACCCAUGUCUGUUUGUGUGUUGAGGCUAUAGGUGGGAUCUUUUGCUCAAAAGUCACAGUCAGUUCAGUAACGGCUACAUUUUAUCACUUGGGCAGCCUUUUCGGUGUUAUUCAGUCUCCUCUGUGGUUUGUGUAUGUUUUGAUAAUGACGUGAUCUGGUAUUUUACAUUUUUACGAAAGGUCCAUUUGGAUUUUUUUUCCUGACAAAAAAAUGUCACUAGAAAGCCUUUUUCUUUCAGGGUGAACACCAAUAACUUGAAACAUUAGAGAAGCUAGAACAUCUGCGCCCGAGCCGUCUUUACUGUAGCUCAUACUGAACACAUGUCGCCGCUGGCAAAAGCACACAGGCAAAGACCCACAAACACAUACUGCACAUUUUCACACAAUCAGACAAAAACACAAAGAAACACACACACACAGCGCCAGGCUUUCCGCUCCCUUUUUUUUUUACACCAACAGAGCGACACUCAGAGAUCACAGGACAGUAGGUGAUACGCUGCUGUGGAUGGCUGAAUCCACUCCACUCAUUAGUGAUUGUACAUACUUGUAACUGUUAGAAGUCCAAGCCAUGUUCAGGGUUUCUCUGCAGAAGGUGACAGAGAAGCUGCUGCAGUUUCACCUGAAUGAUUUCUUUGUUUUUUAGUUUCGAUGUACUUUGCUGCACUGCGUCCACAAAAACAAGAGCUGAGGAAAAAAAAAAAAGCUUAUUGUUGUAGAGUAUAUUCAGCGGUAACUCCAUCGCACCGAAGCUCAAAGCAUCCUUUUCUGUCAGUUCAGUGUUACGACUUAUUGCCUCAAUUGUGAAACUGUCGACACGUGUUUGGGGAGGGAGCGAUCACUUGAUUAUGACUGUUUGCUCAGCCCCACUACCCUCGCUUACCGCCACUUUAACUGUCAGGUAUUCCAGUAUAGCAUGCAUGCAGUUUACCAUAAUAACUGUGACAGAGUUGCUGCUUGAAUUUGGUGGUCAUUUUAAGAAUAAUUGGCCUUUGAUUUCUGAUAGAAGUGGACAUAAGCACCCUUCUAAAUUUAGCUGGUGACCAGUUUUGACAGCUUAUAGGACAAGGAUUUUUGUUACGCAUUUGACUUUUAUUUCAUAAAUACCAACCCAAGCGCCAACAUUGUACAUUUCCACAGAUAUGCAGAUAUGUCACAUUUGUUUGUUCUGCAAUGCUAUAUCGUAGGCAACUGGACUUGCUUGAGUUUCUUGAAGACAUUUCACCUCUCAUCCAAGAAGCUUCUUCAGUUGUAACAGACUGGUGCAGAGUCACAUGUGUAGGUAGAUUUAGGCACAAAAAACAUUUAGUUAUGGUUUGGAAAAGAUCAUGUUUAGGCUUAAAACCCAUGGCUUUGGUGGCACAAUCUUGGCCGGAGAAGCCACCAAUGUCUCCAGUGAUAUUUGGUUCAAGAUGUCAAGUGCUUUUCGUGGCACUAUCCCCGCUAGAAAAACAGGGACAUGUUGCUAAAAAGCCACUGAAAAUGCAGCGAGGACUUGGCAUGUUUCUUGACUAGGUGUCAAACCAUCGUCCAGCUCAUACCAUGUCACUUUAGAAACGUUUAUAUGUAUUAAACGUACAUGUAACGUGUAAUGUAUUUGUCGACUGACUUUGAGGAUGAGGACUAACUGAUGGGUUUGACAAACCUGCCCAGCAGUUGACGUUCCAGGCUUGUUCUAACAUAACUUGUAACCCCACUUAAUAAUGUAGUUAGCCAUGAUCUGCCAAGACAUUCUCACUCCCAGCUUAACAAAUACCAAUACUUGGUCAGUGGCCAUCAAGCUACGAUACUCUAGGUGUUGGACGUGUCAGGAAUGGUGUGUAUAUUUCUGCUUUUUUCAUGCAGUGUUUUUUUCCAAAAUAAACUUUUGUGUUUACAGGAAGUGUACGGUUUCCAGUCCUUACAUGCGUAAACAUUGGUUUAGUUUGUAUUUAGGUUUAGGGAACAAAAGUACUCAGUUAGGUGGGGUACGGAGGCUUUAUAGUUACGUAGUUAGAAUAACUCAAUCUCGACUUUUAGUGUCACAAAGGACACAAACAAGAAUAAACAGCUGUCUCCUGGAUGAAAGUCCUGUAUUUGUUUGACCCAUCCAUCUACCCCACUCCUCUCUCUACGCAGACUUUCACACUCUUUAUACUAAGUGUGUCAGUUGUUCUGGCUAGCCAAUGUUGCUGUGGAUGGGUUUACAUUGGAGUUAGCUGAAAGCUGCGUGGGUCUCGUACAGAGGCUAAAGGGUGCCUCGUGUGUUGGUGUCAGACACCAAGGGCCACUGACCAAGCGUUGGUGUUUGAAGAGUAGGGAUUGAGAAUGGGUGGGAUCUGCUCUUGGGUUUGGAAGUAAUGCUAUGGUAUACAGUAUAUGGUAUAUAGCUGCAUAGUUACAGUAACUCAAUGUUGACUUUAAGUUUCACACGGGACACUAACAGCUGUCUCCUGGGUGAAAGUCCUGUAUUUGUUUGACAAUUCAUCCACCCCAACCUCCUCUCUACAUGGACUUUCUCACUCUAUAUACAGUGUGUUGUUCUGGGCAUCUAAUGGGUUUACAUUGGAGAUAGCUGAAAGCCCGGUGCGUCUCAUACGGACACUAAAGGGUGCCUUGUGUGUUAGUAUCGGACACCAAAGGCCACAGACCAAGUGUUGGUGUUGGAAGAGUUGGAAGUGAGAACCAGUGGGAUCUGCUCCUUGGCUUUGGAAGUAACGCUAUGGAACUACUGUAGCUAGAAUGUGAAUUAUCAAAGUGUGCUAACGUAGCAGCCGGGAACUCGCACUCUGCAUCCGAACCGUGUACUUCUGGAUAGGUUAAAGAAUGCAACAACAUCCUCUUUGUUUCCAUUUCUGCAUGCUGAUUGGACGACAAAGCCGCUCUGCUUACAAACAGUAGCAAAAUUCCAACUCAAGAAUCGGGUUCGGGUGGAGGGGCUCAGCAAACAGUCAACUCUGUCUUGUUAUGAAACCGACUGUGGCAAACACGUGACAUGUGACUUAUGUACUGUAUGUAAAUCGUUCAAGCAUUUUGUAUGUCUGCUCCCAAGGACUGCUGGGAAAACAAAAAAGCCACAGCAUCGCAAAUCACGUUCAGCUCUCGCAUCUGUCCUCAUCAGCUUCUCAGAUGGAGGCGUGUGGUUUUUCAAUUCUCCUCAGAGUAAAUACACUUCCCCUACGACACACGAUCGAGACGUUUACAUCCAUCACUGUGGCAUGUUCAGCAAGUUACUUUAGCCAUCCGGACACAGACAGGAGCAUUUACGACACGCUGCUUGGGUUUAUGUAGCUUCUCAAAACAUGAUUAAUGUAUAGUAGAACUUAAAUGUUAUUUACCAAGCAUAAACAUGGUAUAUGCACUGUAUGUACUUGGCUGAAACUAUAAAUUGGACAAAUAAAUGUCUGAUGAUAUUCUAUUCCAGAGCAUUGUGAGCUAUUUUGACAUUCAGAUACAACAUAGAGUACAUUGAAUAAACCAGAAUAUUGUUUUUUAUAACAACUUGUGUGUAUAUUUCUCCCAGUAUGUACAUGAUUAUGAAAUAUUAUUGCAUCUGAGAAAGAGGAUAUCAAUGUAACUCUCCUACUGUAGUUAUACAGGACUGUAUUUCCUAAGCAUAUUGUUUUGUACCAUAGCCCCAUUUAUGAUGUUGCUUACAUAUAGUAUUUGGUUUUUUGGCUAAGAUUUGAACUUAUUUUUCUAUCUUUUACUAAUUGUUUUUGCUGUUUUGAUGAGUUGAACUGAACGAGGUGGGUCGGGCACAGACAACUCAUACUUACAUUGUUCAACUGUUCAGUCCUGUUGCUCUUAUUAUUUUGGUUUUACUGCCAAAAUAAUUAGGUUGACAAUAUUGAGAAGUUGAGCAAGAAGGAAAAUUGUCAUUGCAUGGUGAUUGAGAAGGAAAUAAAGCGAUGUUUGAAGACA